CAGUUUACCACCAUUAUUGUUUUCCGGCACAACGAGGGAGAGCGAACUCGUGGUUGAUUGAAAGGAGUGAAUAACAUACACAUUUGCUACAUAUACAAUUGCUGAACCGUUGUUUUUACGUCAUGACAGAAGAGGUGAAUCCAAAAGCGUAUCCCUUAGCUGAUGCCACUUUGACUACGAAGAUAUUGAAUCUCGUACAACAAACUGCAAAUUAUAAGCAGUUAAAAAAGGGUGCCAAUGAAGCUACCAAAACAUUAAACAGAGGGUUAGCAGAGGUUAUUGUUAUGGCUGCUGAUGCAGUGCCUUUGGAAAUUCUAUUACAUCUCCCUUUGCUUUGUGAAGAUAAGAAUGUCCCUUAUGUUUUUGUAAAGUCAAAACAUGCUCUUGGAAGAGCAUGUGGUGUAUCCAGACCAGUGAUUGCAUGCUCCAUUACUGCUAAUGAAGGCUCACAACUAAAGCCACAGAUCCAAGCUUUACAACAGGAAAUUGAAAAGUUGCUUGUUUAAUUUAGUCACUGUAUUAUAUGAUCAUCCUGCAUCAUGUAUAUUUGUUUACAUUAAAUGGUUCUUAU